CUUGUUGACUGUUCGUGUGCCGCUAUGAUUUCUUUAAUUAAAACUUAUCAGACUAGAUGAAGAGGAAAAUAUUUCUCUGUUGGUUUUAAGUCAUCUCCAAAGUUUAUAGAAAAUUAAGCUCAAAGGAAAAAGCAGACUAACGCUUGAGAAGAAAUUUUUAUUAAAUGAUGAUUACGAUAUAAAUGAAGAAUAAGACGUAAGAAUAAGGGUACUUAGAAUAAAGAAAAGAAAUCGUCGUGAAAAGAGGUUACAAAAACAACUAUUAUCCCGAGAAAAAGAAACGAGUUAACAUGAAAAGAAAGUAAUCAAGGUUCAAUAAGACCAUUGAAACUUUUAUGAACAAAGUAUUAUAAUAAACAUUAAUAUGACAAUUACUUAUCAAUUCAAUGUGGCUAACUCGAGCUUCUUCGCUUUCGGAAAACUGUUAUUAAAAUGGAGAGGAAGUGUCUACAAGCUAAUUUAUAAAGAACUUUUGUUUUACGCUCUGGGUUAUGCCAUUAUAAGCACCAGUUAUCGAUUAUAUAUGACAGAAGAACAAAAAAGAACGUUCGAGAGAUUAGUGCUUUAUUGUAACAAAACGAUAGAUCUAAUUCCGCUCUCUUUUGUACUUGGAUUUUACGUAACAUGCAUUGUCACUAGAUGGAUGAAUCAAUUUGUUGCAAUACCUUGGCCGGAUAGAACAAUGCAUUGUGUAGCAAUGUAUGUCAAUGGAACAGAUGAUCGAGGUAAAUUAAUUCGUAGGACGUUGAUGCGUUACAUUAAUUUGUGUAUAGUUUUACUAUAUCAGUCCAUCAGUGGUGCUGUCAAGAAACGAUUUGCAUCUACAAAGCAAUUGGUCGAUGCAGGAUUUAUGACAUCGGAAGAAAGGACUAUUUUCGACAUAAUACCGACUAAAGUAAACAAACAUUGGGUACCUCUCAUUUGGUUUGUCAACUUACUGCAAACAGCACAGAAAGAAAAGAGAAUCGAAUCUUCUGCAGCUAUUAAACACAUAUUAGAAGAAGUUAAUGAGUUGAGAUCCAAAACGAGUCUCAUGUGGGGAUAUGAUUGGAUCAGUAUUCCUUUAGUUUAUACUCAGGUCGUAACUUUGACCAGCCAUUUAUUUUUCCUCACUUGUUUGAUUAGUCGUCAAUAUCUAGAUCCAAAUCAAGGAUAUCCAGGACACGAUUUCGAUUUAUAUUUUCCUAUAUUCACAUUUUUUCAAUUCUUCUUUUUUAUGGGAUGGUUAAAAGUAGCCGAACAAUUAAUUAAUCCGCUCGGAGAAGACGACGAUGAUUUUGAAACAAAUUGGAUGAUUGAUAGAAAUAUUCAGAAGAAAGAUUACACAGAAGCAUCUUUGAUUCAUAAAAUACCUACUUAUCGUGGUUCCACCAUGCACAUGGUAAUACCAAACCAAGAACAAAAUUUUGUAUUUGGGCAAUAUUUAAACCAAGUUUCUUUUUGUGAAAGUUUUUUAACUUGCCUUUCUCAAUGUUUUUGCUGUAGAUCCAUUUGCCACAAAAUAUGGAAUAGCAGAUUAAUUUAUAGAGAGAAACCUUCGAAGACAGCAUUGCCUAUUGACCAAACUGUUCGAUUAAAUAAAAAACAUACUCGAACAUUAGGAUCAAAAUCGUCACUCUUUGAGAAUCAUUAUUUAGGAUAUUUAAACAGAGAUGAAAGAAGAAACAGUUCAUUCAAACGUUUGAGCUACGAUUAUACUCCUGGUGAAGGUUAUGUUUGUGGACCAAGCAACUUACCAUACAGGUCUUGUAGACCAUCUAUUGAUAGAACUGCGUUACAACAACGCAUGUCAAUAACGGAUCACAACUGCAUAAUAGAAGAAGAUAUCGUUCCAUAUUUAGAAGAUAAAGAUGAAAUAGAUUUAGAAGAAGAAAAAUAG